GAGGGCCUCAGCAGUCAUGGCCUUGGAACCUGAGCAUCCUUGCGGUGGCUUUCGGCACAGUGCCGUGGUGGCCUACAUCAACAAAAAGAUGGCGGUUCACUCGAAAGGUUCGGAGUUCUACCACAAAAACAUAUCCCUGUCCUGGGAGGAGGCGGAAGACAAACUUGGGUCCAUCCUAUUGGACAGUGCAGUCCCUAGUGAGGCCAAGGAGGCCUGCGCUUGGGGCUGCCUGGCCUUGGGAGUGUAUUUUGCCCGCAGGCAGAAUCAGUUACAUGAGCGCAGGGUGAAGUGGCUGCAUGAUUUAGCCAAAGUGCACAAGUCAGCUGCGCAGGUCAUGGCCACAGAUGUGAAGGUGGUUACUGAGCAGCAGGAAAUAGAGCGCAGAGAAGCUACCAGUAAGCUAAAGCAAGCCCAAGCCACCCUGGCAGAAAUGCAGAAGGAAAGGGACCUACUGAGGUGGAAGCUCUUCCAAGCGGAGUUGAGUUCUUCCCAGGCCACAGACUGGCCGGGCCUGACCAGUGCCGGUGGAAACUGGAUGGAAGGAACAAGUGAGAGGGAAGUGGAAACAACAGGGGCUGCAGCUACGACUACCAUUGCUGGCCCUUCAAGAAGAGCAAGAGGAUUAGAGGGCCAGGCCGAGGGGGUAGAGACCAGAAAAGAGCCGAGUGGAGGCCUCAGGAAGCUUCUUAGAAGUAUGGAGGAAAAAAAUUACUCCUCUUUCUGGCACAGGGAAGCAAAUAACAGUUCAAUGGGAACAAACAUGCUUUAUUCAUCUGGGCCCUUAAAGCCAGAGUCCACAGUUCCACCUGCACCCCUUCCUGUCCAGCUUCCUGCCUCAUUCACAUAUUCAUACCCAUGUAUUUUUCCCCCACUUUCAACUGAACCCUCCUUAUUCCCACCAAUAGGAACACCCACAACUGCAUCUCUAGCUCAGAUGUCUUCCCAGGAGGGGUUCUUUGAUGUUAUAUCAGAUGUGGGAACCCAGGGGAUAGACCCCUUAGAUAUUCAAAGGGAAAGGAAAGAUUCCAAUCUCUAUCAGCAGAGAAGGCCUACAGCAAUUCGCAGGCCUGGAGAUUGGGCCUGCCCUUGGUGUAAAACUGUAAAUUUCUCACAGAAAGAAACUUGCUACCACUGUGGGAAGGGAAUCUGGUUGCAAAGCCCUCAGUGAGUUGAGAAAUAGACACAUG